AUGAGUGCGAAUGCAAUAGCUGUGUUACGUGGCGAUAAUGUUAAUGGGAUUAUUCGAUUUAAACAGGAGAAAGAAGGAUCGCCAACAACUAUUAGUGGUGAAAUCAAAGGUUUAACUCCCGGUUUGCAUGGUUUUCAUGUACAUCAAUACGGUGAUACUACAAACGGAUGUAUUUCUGCUGGUCCACAUUUCAAUCCUUACAAUAAAACACAUGGCGGUCCAACCGAUGAAAUGAGACAUGUUGGUGAUCUUGGAAAUAUUGUGGCUGGAGCUGAUGGCACUGCUCACAUUGAUAUUUCUGAUAAGCAUGUACAGUUACUCGGUCCCAAUUCAAUAAUUGGCCGUUCAAUUGUUGUGCAUGCUGAUCAAGACGAUCUCGGGAAAGGAGUUGGUGACAAGAAGGACGAAAGUCUUAAAACCGGUAAUGCUGGUGCCCGUGUUGCAUGUGGUAUUGUUGCCGUUGGUGCUGCUUCUUGA